AUGGACUCUGCAAAGCACUUCCUUUGUGGGACAGAACCGCAGAUGCCAGGCAUCAUUCGCCAGUUCUUCGACCAUGGCCCUGAUCCUAAUGUAACAGAUGAAACAAGGGGAACUCGGCUACACUGCGCUAUUAAUUUUGGCCUGACCGAUAUCAUCCAAUUGCUACUAGACGCGGGUGCAGACCCCAUGGCUCAACCGUCGGGCACGCGAAACCAUGACGAUUCUCCGGUGCAAAUGGCUCAGAGGUCAUAUCACCCUAACAAGCAGGUUAUGCUUGAUCUCCUUAGGUCGGGUUAA